AUGCGUAUAAUCGGGAAACAAAUGGGUAAAAAUGCUAAGGGAAGAGUUAAACUGACAGCUGAAAACGCCGAAGAUAUUUGGAAUAUAUAUAACAUUAUUCAAGUUGGAGAUAAAUUGACUGCUUUCACAAGUCGUAAAAAGAAUAUUGAGUCUGAAUCCGGAUCUACGACAACAAGCGUGGUUAAAAUGCACCUUACCAUCGAGGUUAAGAAUAUUAAUUUUGAUCCAGAGGCUUCGCAAAUUUUUCCCAAAGGAACUGUUGCUGUUGAGAAUCCACAUGUGAAAAUGGGCGCAUACCAUACAUUCAAUAUUGGAAUAAAAGAUGAAUUUACAAUUGAAAAGGAUUGUUGGGAUUCUGUGGCUAUUGCUAAGUUGGAGGAAGCAAGUGAUCCGUCGAAACAGUCAGAUCUUGCUGCUGUGCUAAUGCAUAAUGGGAUUGCGAAUAUUUGCCUAGUCACAAGCUCAACUUCGUACUUUCCGAGUAAAAUUGAAUGCAAUAUUCCUCGCAAACGAACACAACUCCCCGCUAAUGAACAUGACAAGGCCAAGCAACGGUUCUUUGAUCAAAUUAUCCAAGCCAUGGAAAGUAAUAUCCUGGUCAAGUGUGUGCUAGUGGCAAGUCCGGGUUUCUUAAAGGAUGAAUUCUUCGAAUACCUCUUCCAAGUGGCUGCACGCGAUUCCGAUAAGCACCGUGCGGUGCUGGAUAAUAAGAGUAAAUUCAUGUUGGUGCACUCUGCGUCGGGUCACAAAGGUGCCCUGAAAGAGGUACUUAAAGAUCCAGCGAUU